AGAUAAACCCGGUUCAAUACCAAACCCGGUUCAUCUUCCGAAUCAAUUCCAACGCGCCGCCAUACAGUCUUGAUCUCCUAAAUCUCAAGAUUCUCCACACAAACAGCGUCGUUCUUCGGCAGCACACGCAUUCUCUCUCAUCCCAAACCCUAACCCUAGAGUCUGGAAGCGUCUCUCCCAUGGCGUACCAGACCCCCAACCACGAUUCACCUUCCGAUUCCAAUACCCAAAAGCGUCUCUACAAUCCCUACAAAGACCUCGAAGUCCCCAUUCGAAAUCUCUACCAGCUCCCAACCUCCCCCGAGCACCUUUUCGUCGAAGAGGCCGCCCGAAAACACCGCUCCUGGGGAGAAACUCUAACCUUCCUCACCGGCUGCGGCUACCUUGGCGGCGCCGUUGCUGGCGCCGGCGUAGGCCUCGUUGAAGGCGUUAAAUCGUUCGAGUCAGGAGACACCAUGAAGCUCAGAGUCAAUCGGAUUCUCAACUCGUCGGGUCAUACCGGUCGAACGUGGGGGAACCGCCUCGGAGUGAUCGGGUUGCUUUACGCAGGCAUUGAGAGCGGGAUCACGGCUGCGAGAGACACCGACGAUGUGUUGAACAGUAUAGCGGCGGGGCUUGGGACUGGCGUGUUGUAUCGAGCUGCGAGAGGGGUUAGAUCGGCUGCUGUGGCAGGUGCUGUUGGUGGAGUUGUGGUUGGAGUGGCUGUCACGGCGAAGCAGGCGUUGAAACGCUACGUGCCGAUUUGAGGAUCAUCAUGAUUGUCUUGCAAGGUGUUGUUUGGGGCUAAAGCUGACUGAAGAAAAUCUUCUGAGUGAGUUAUUGCUGCCACUUAAUUUCUAUCAAAGGGAAGGAUAGCCUACUGUUAUAUAUUUGUGCAACCCCUGCUUAGUAUGUGUAUCAUCCCGCUAGAUUAUAAUAUCUGGCUUCUCCAUUAGUUAAAAUCUUACACGGCCUUGAUUAUUUGAACUUCCAAAAAUGUAAAGGAAAGGCUGUGUUGUUAUUUGUUUUGUAGUUUCCUGUUAACUUGGGCUUGUCGGUGUUUCCCCUUCCUGGAUUGCAUUAUUCUGGUCACUAAGUAGUAUGUUCCUCAGCAA